AUGAGUAAAGUUGAAAGAGAUGUGUUUACAAUGAAGCGACUUAUGGAUUUGGUUGAUGAUGAUGAUGAUGAGGAUGAUAUGGUUGUUGAUGAUACUCCACUAAAAUCCCUAGGUGAUGGUCCUUUACCUCCACCUUCAUCAAUAAAUCUCCAUCCACCACCUCUUCUACCAUCUCAUCCUUCUCCAAGAACUCCUUCACCUCCUCCUAACUCUCCUACCCAAUCUGACGCUGCCAAAGAGAAGGAGACAAAUUUAGGGGAUCCUUGGCCAAUUCAAAUGCAGAUUCCUCAAGGAACUGAUAGUGACAUUGGCUCUGACCAUGAUCUGCUCAAUCCUCGAAAGAGGAAGGCUUCCUUUUUAGGGGGAGAUCAUGAUGUUGAAGCUGGAAGCUCUUAUGCUGCUGCUGCUAGUGAUCCAUCAGCAUCUACUCAUAAAAAGAAAAGCAAACUUAUCUUUGAUCUAAAUGAAUUGGGAGAAAAAUGGAGGAUACCUAUUGAGGAACAUUUGUUUCAUCUUCGCUUGGAAGGGCUUGGUCACUAUGAAAGAGAAAGAGGAUAUCACGUGUUGAUAUCUUUGGAGCUUAGUAGAAGACUGGAUGAACUUAAAACUGAUCAACUCAGAUGGGUCAACCCUAAGAUCUUGAAAGAAGAGGACAAGGUUUACAAUGGCUCUUCUGAUGACUCUAGAGAAGAAGAUUAG